CUUAAGGGCCAGCUAAUGUAUGUCUUCUCCCAGCCUCGUGCUUUGUUUCAAACAACUCGCCUCAUGAUUUAUGGCCCCACCUGCCCGACUGUUUAUUUUCAGAUGAGAUCACACCCGCGGACUUUCUGAGCACCUCACUCAAUAUCUUAGCAAAAUAUCAAAAAUAUGCCAGCGGAGGUUUAGGCAGAGAUAUGAUGCCAGGGCCAAAGAGUGAGUCUGGUCCACACAAAGCAAAGACAGCAGUCCAUUAGUGCAGAAUGUCAACAGUCCUUUCAGACUCUGGUGAAUUUCAAAACACUGUCAAGGUCCAUGUAGAGACAACCAUGGCCGACUGGACUCAGACAAGAAUCUCCUGAAUCCCAGAUCUGUGUGUGUGUGUGUGUGUGUUAAAGGUAAACAGUUCAGAGGCGUUAUUAGAAGCAAAGUCAAGAUAACAAACAUAUUUUCGAAUAAUGUCAAAGAUGUAUGUGGGAGGUUUUAGCAGAUUGCUGGUUUGUGCGACCACUUGCACGGUGGCCUGUUGAGUGUCCGCUCCUCCCUGCUUAUUAUGAUAAAGUCCCGACAGUGUGAACAUUCACUAUAUGUCACUCAUAGACUGUUGUAACUGAGAGAGCAAUGUGUAACUGUGCAAACUUUAAGCCACUCUGUUAGAUGUAUGUAUUCACACGGGUGAUUUUUUUUAAUCUCAUCUGUAUUUUCUCUUCCAAGUCCUCAGAGGAAACAAAAACAAUCCCACACGCUUGUGAACACUGUGCGCCAGAGAGAAAGCAACAGAAGAUUCUGAGUGAAAGAAGAUUUUUCCAUCACUUUGUGGAGCUUUACCAUGGGGUGAGCUCCUGCCAUCAGUGGCUUAAGGAACUUCCUGUUUAUGGCCAGCUGAGCUCCUCUGUAUCCGACUACGCCUGCAGCAGAUCGUGGCCUCUGAUCUCUAGCCCUGGAGGGCCUGGGGGGGGGUCCACAGGUAGAAAAUGCGAUACUCCACCCUCUUGGCCCUGCUGGUAGGGGUCAUACUGUACCUGGUGAUGGGAGCGCUUGUCUUCCGCACCCUGGAGGCCCCCAAGGAGAGCGCUGCCUAUGAAGCCCUGCUUAAAACCAAGCAAAAGUUCCUCGACAAUAACUCUUGUGUCACCGAGCAGGACUUCCUCGUACUUGUGAAGAGAGUAGUGACCGCGGUGGACGCAGGUCUGGAUGUGAACUGCCUUUCUGCCAACUUCACCAGCCGCUGGGACGUGGCCUCUGCCAUCUUCUUCUGUGGGACCAUCAUUACCACCAUAGGCUUUGGGAACCUGUCUCCUCGAACAUGGUACGGCCAGUUGUUCUGCGUGUGCUACGCUCUGGUAGGGAUCCCUAUGUUUGGCAUCCUGCUGGCUGGAGUGAGUGACCACUUGGGCACCGUGCUGCGGAGAGCUGUGGUCAAGAUCGAGACUCUCUUUCUGAAACGUAUGGUCAGACCGACCACUGUGCGUGUGAUCUCUGCGGUUCUCUCCAUCCUGAUUGGUUGUCUGAUCUUCCUCGCCGUGCCAACAGUCGUCUUUCAGAAAGUGGAGUCCUGGUCCUUUCUGGAGUCACUUUACUUUGUGGUUAUCACGCUCACCACAGUCGGCUUCGGAGACUACGUACCAGGUGGUGGUCGUGAGGAUGACGUGUUCUUCAAGCCUCUGGUGUGGUUGUGGAUAGUGUUUGGUCUCGCCUACUUUGCCUCCAUCCUCACCAUGAUAGGCAACUGGCUGAGGGUGUUGUCUAAAAGGACCCGUGCUGAGAUGGAGGAGUUGAGAGCUCAUGCCACAGACUGGACCCAGAACAUCCAGAACAUGUCCAUGGACUUCCGCAUCCCAAAUCCUCUGGAGUAUGACCCCUUCCUCCUGCAGCGCCGGCGAUGGAAGCGCAGCGAGCGCCGCCGCAUCCGUCGAGGAGCCCAUUGUGCUCUGGGAUACUGGGUUCAAGGUGGAUCUGAGAAUGGGCAUCUGCCGAACCGCUGGGCCGGCCUCUCCAGCUCCAUGAGCCAGCUGGAGGCCCGUUCAACUUUGGAGAGAGCGAUGGUGGCUCAGUCCAGGCCACGGGUCAGUGCUCUCGGAGGGGGAACGGUCCCAAGAGCAGGGCAUGGACACCAGGUUGACCCGACUGUGAGUCUACAGGUGGAGGGCAGGUCAUUUCACCUGCUGGCCCGUUCCUUCUCCCUCCCUGUGGCCCACUCCAGCUCAAAGCUAGACUCAGCAGGCCCAGCAAUGCAGGGAGGAUCUUUCUCUGGAUCUGAGUCUUCAUAUGACUCCAGAUCAGACGGCUCCUCAGUUUCCUCAUCCUUUCUGGCACUGCACCAGUUCCAGCCCUGCUAUAACAUCAGCACCAUGGAGAGGAAAGGAGCAAGAGGCACAGACAUGGGCACAGCACAAGAGAAAGACAAACUGAUUCCAGCAGACAAACGUGGAUCUGUACCAAACAGUGGCCACAAACAUACAUUUAUGCCAGACUUCUGCCCAUGCUCCUCUGCUUCUAACCAACCUUUUCCUUCUCCACUCCCCCCAAUUAUCCUCCCAUCCCCUCCCCUCAACACUGCCUCCUCAGCCAGCUGCCAGCUACUGGAUUUCUUUGGAGAGAACCUGGCGUACAUCGACGAAUCCUCAGACGCUCUGAGCGACCGUGGCCAGUCAGCGUCGAACAUUGAGAGGAGGAAACGGCCUCGAAAACCCAAGAGGAGGAGCAUGAGGAGGCAGCUGCCACACCAGUGGAGCCCCCUACAAGUACGGAGGCCCAACUGUGACCUGCGACCUCCCUCAAACCCACCUACACCUCCUCCAGACUCUUCUCAGCCAGACCUGCCCACAACAGAGAAGCAGACAGACUCAGCUCCUCCACUCUGAUGGCUACUGCAAAAAAAACCGCACACAAUCCCAAACAAGGCUGGUUUACAGCACUCGUACACAACAACCAUUUCACUUUACAAGUCAGAUAUUAUUCAGUGCUAUUCAUGCUCAGCAAACUCAGGCCACAAACUGUGCUUUGUUACUUGGCUCUGAAAGAACACAAUAGCUUCUUGCUCUGGACUCUUUAAAUAGAUUGUUUACACCUGCUUUGCUUCACAGACGUGUCAGCAUGAACCCGGCGCUCAUAAUUCAACACAUUCUCUAUCAAGUAAAUGAACCAAUAAUUAACGCAACGCUUGUCUAGGAAAUGUCAGGGUUUACCUGACAAAAUGUUUUUACAUAAAUCCUAAGUGAGAAACAAAUAAGCCCUGAAGGAAUUAUAUUUCAUUUUAAAACUGACCACACCUGGUUCACACAAGGAUUUCUUUUGUGGUUUUAGGAGGCAAUGAGUCACACCAUGAUCCAGACAUCAUUACACAUAAUUACAGUAUCUGCUCUGUUGAUCUGGCUCUUAGCCGCUGAGCUCACUUGAUUCUCCACAGAAGCGUUUAUCAGUAAAUGUCAGGUUUGAACUGGCUUUAAAUUCAGUGCGGGUUUUUUUUUUCUUCCCCCCACUGCUUUCUAGAGCCUGGGUGGGCAAAAGUGCUUUAAACUAAACUACUUCCACUAACGUCAACAUCAAAAUGAUUACACUGAUACAAAGUUUAAAGUUAAUCGCAAAAAAGAAAGAGCAGAGGGAGGAUUUUACCCUACGAGUGCCAUAGAUGUACUAAAUGAUGGCUGUUUUACGCAGACUAAACACAGCAUGUCAAGUUGUACAUGUCUUACCACCACAACUAGUGAAACCUCUCUUAGGAAAAAGUGCAGUGAUGGUUGUCUUGUUUAUUGUAUUUUCUGACCAUCUAAUCCAAUGUUUCCUAACACUGGUCCUCAGGGAACACUGCAUCUGAUUCAGAUGAAGAGCUCGUUAUC